AUGGCGGACGGCAGACACAGGUCGGCACAGCCGACUGCGAAGGAAUAUGAUGCCACAACCCUUACCCACGAAUUCGAACAGUUGAUGCGUACCAAGCGUUUCAACCGCCUCCAGGAACAAUCACUGCCUCGAUCGCGCACUCAGUCACCAGCGCCUUCCAACUUGUCCAGCUCAUCGAUUCCGCCACCUCCCUCACGGGCGCCACCUCCACCUCCAUCACCUGGUGCUACGACUGCUUCACCAAAGCCGGCAAACUCCGCCCUGCGUGGCCUCCCCGUCUUCCCAUCGCCGCCUCAGGAUCCCGCUUCACUCAAGUUCUUCAACCUACUCAAGGGGUUAUCCGUCACACCAACCAAAUACGAAAAUCCAGGCCUUCUCGACGAGGCUCUGUGCGUCAUUCCACUCGACCGUCUGUACUCCGAAGCCGAAGAGGAAUCCCAGAUCAUGCAAGCCCAGGCCGCCAGCGUGGGCGGGAAACCGGAAUGGGGCUAUCAAGAUUGUGUGAUUCGAGCAUUGUUGAGGUGGUUCAAGGGAUCCUUUUUCCAAUUUGUGAACAACCCCCCGUGCUCCAAGUGCCACAUGCCGACUAUCGCUCAAGGCAUGACGCCACCCACCCCCGACGAAACCGCCCGGGGCGCAUCCCGCGUCGAGCUGUACCGAUGCUCCGAUAACAGCUGUGGCGCUCACGAACGAUUCCCCCGCUACUCCGAUGUUUGGCAAUUGCUACAGUCUCGACGGGGCCGUGUUGGUGAAUGGGCCAAUUGCUUCAGCAUGUUCUGUCGUGCGGUCGGCGCCCGUGUCCGUUGGGUUUGGAACUCGGAGGACUAUGUCUGGACUGAAGUGUACUCGGAACAUCAGCGACGCUGGGUCCAUGUUGAUGCCUGUGAAGGUGCCUGGGACCAGCCUCGCCUGUACACUGAAGGAUGGCAACGCAAAAUCUCUUACUGUGUCGCUUUCUCUAUCGAUGGUGCGACCGAUGUCACUCGCCGCUACGUUCGCAGCUUCUCUCGCCAUGGAAGCCCCCGUACCCGUGCCCCCGAAGAGGUGGUCCUCUGGUCCAUCCACGAAAUCCGACGAAAGCGCCGUGAAGGUCUGAAAGCCACCGACCAACGCCGUCUACAGAAGGAGGAUGAGCGCGAGGAGAAGGAGCUUCGAUGCUACAUGGCCUCUGCUCUGGCAGCAGAAAUCAACAACAUGCUUCCUCGCCAUCUCGUCGGUCGCCCGGAGGACCAAAAGCACCCCGGUGCUCGCCAGGGCGCAUCGACCGAAUGGCUCGCCGCCCGAGGCCACGGUAACUCGGGCCCCGACCGUUCCCCCGAAGGACGGUAA